AUGAAGCUUCCAAAUCACACAAUUGCCGGCCUCUUCUGUAUCCCAGGGGUUCUGGCAAACAUUCUAGGGCCGACCUAUCCACCUCCCAGAGAUUUGUCCAGCAGUAACAGCCGAGUCGCUGCUACCUGGAAGAAUCUCACCUCCAACCUCAACGCCUAUAUCGACGGUCACGCCAAUGGAACCAAUGGUGUAUCUGCGCUGAAGAAUCUCACCUUCUCUGCUGGUUUAUUUUCCACACUUGACCCCAAGGCCGAGCAUUUGCAGUUCCACCAUACCGCUAGUGAAGUUGCUAAAUUCCCCAUCGGAGCCAGAAAGGUUGAUGGAGAUAGCAUUUACAAAGUGGCCAGUGUUUCCAAGCUUUUCACCGUUCUCGCGGGUCUUCUCGAACUAGAGGAUAAGGACUGGGAACGUCCACUGACAGACAUCUUUCCCUCGCUAGCAGAGCAAGUCCGUGAGAACCGUGACAAGUUCCAGCUUACCCGUGAUGUUGAAUGGGACAAGAUAACACUCAAAGCUAUUGCAAGUCAGAUGAGUGGUAUACCGCACGGUGGAACUACUGAGUUCCUGUAUAGCUUUGCAAGCGCAAAGCUAUCAGGCUCUCAUGAUCCCAAGGCCACCGAUCCAAGGUUCUAUGGCUUACCCCCAUUGAACGCCAGUGACUUGUCGCUCUGGCCUCCCUGUAUCGGAAACCAAGUCCAAGGGUGCAACCCGGUUCCAUGGGAUGAGGGAUAUGCUGCAAGCGCUCCUGUUUUUGUCCCAUGGGCUAGUCCGGAGUAUGCGAACAGUAACUUCGCCCUGCUGGGUCUCGCGAUAUCAAACCUUACCGGCAAGACGAUGGACGAGUGGUACGGAGAGUCAAUCUUCCACCCUCUGAAUAUGAACUCAACGUUCGCGUCGCCCCCCGACAACUCAACUCUCCGUCAUCAUGUUACUUCAAAAGCCCUCCAGCCAGAAUUUGAGAUGGAUGGAGGUUCUACGAUUCCAUCCGGUGGUUUGUUUUCCACAACCAACGAUCUCGCCAAGUUCGGCGUCGGCCUUCUCAAUUCAACCCUUCUUCCUUCAGAGAAGACGCGCGAAUGGAUGAAGCCUGUCACUCAUACCGCAAGUCUCCGAUAUUCCGUCGGCAAACCGUGGGAAAUCCACCGCUUCGUACACGACAAAUCUGGUAUCGUCACCGACAUAUACACCAAGCUUGGAGAUUCCGGCUCUUACGGUGGAAUUGUGGCCGUCAUUCCGGAAUUCAAUGCCGGCUUUAGUUUUCUCGGGGCCAGCUCUCUAGCCUCUCGCAGUCCUUUGAUGCUUCUUGCCAUUGAUCUGAUUACCGAUUCUAUCAUUCCAGCGUUGAUGGAACAAGCUGCAGCUGAAGCCAGUCAGAAGUUUGCAGGGACAUACAGGGCCCAAAGUCUCAACUCUUCUAUCACAUUUUCUGUCGUUUCACCUACGCAGUCCGAACCUGGAUUGCAAGUCACCUCGUGGAUAAGCAAUGGCACUGACAUCACGCCCCAAAUCCAAGCUCUCUUCGGCGGUCACAAUGCAAGGCUGGUACCGACCGUUGUGCCUGAGGAUGCUACUGGCAAAAUUGCUUUCCGAUCCUAUACUACUCUACCUGUCAAGCCGACUGUUGGUAUCGGUGCCUCUUCCAGUCUGUUCUCGUCACUGUAUCAUGUCAACAACUGGCUUACCCUCGAUUCCCUACUUUGGGGUGGACUUGCCACUGAUCUCUUCAUCUUUGACGUUGAGAAAGAUGGAAAGGUUAAAGCUGUGACACCGGCUGCUUACAGAGUGAAGAUGAAGAAGAAGUGA